UUCCAGCCAGUUCCUUCCUUGGGAUUCCCCUCUCCACUCCUCUCCAACUCCACUCCUUUCGCCUGCGCGGCUAUGGUGUCCGACGCUAGCAAGAAGAAGGCGGCGCAGAAAAAGGCUGCCGCCGCCGCCAAGAGAGGGGGCAAGGCCUCCUCCUCCUCCUCCGUCAAGGCCGCCGAUGACCUCGCCACCAUCAGCCUCUCCAAGCGCACCUGCACCGCCGUCCUCACCUCCCAUCCCCUCUCCCGCGACAUCCACAUCGAGUCCCUCUCGCUCACAUUCCACGGCCAUGACCUGCUUGUUGAUACCGACCUGGAGCUCAACUACGGGAGGCGAUACGGCUUGCUUGGCUUAAACGGCUGUGGAAAAUCCUGCCUUCUCAAAGCUAUAGGAUGCCGGGAGCUUCCUAUCCCUCACCAUAUGGACAUCUAUCACCUUACCCAUGAGAUCGAGGCUUCCGACAUGUCUGCGCUAGAGGCAGUCAUCAGCUGUGACGAAGAAAGGCUCCAGCUCGAGAAGGAAGCUGAAAUCUUAGCCGCUCAAGAUGAUGGUGGUGGCGAAGCUCUGGAUCGCGUGUAUGAGCGCUUAGAAGCCAUUGAUGCCUCCACCGCCGAAAAGCGUGCUGCCGAGAUUUUGUUUGGCUUGGGUUUUAACAAGCAGAUGCAAGCAAAGAAAACCCGCGAUUUCUCUGGCGGUUGGCGCAUGAGGAUUGCUUUGGCUAGGGCACUCUUCAUGAAUCCAACUAUCCUUUUGCUCGACGAGCCUACCAAUCAUCUAGAUCUUGAGGCCUGUGUCUGGCUGGAAGAAACCUUGAAAAAAUUUGACCGUAUACUUGUUGUCAUAUCACACUCCCAGGACUUCUUAAAUGGAGUAUGUACAAACAUCAUCCAUAUGCAGAACAGGAAGCUCAAGCUAUACACUGGUAACUAUGACCAGUAUGUCCAAACACGAGCCGAGCUUGAAGAAAAUCAAAUGAAGCAGUACAGAUGGGAGCAGGACCAGAUUGCCUCGAUGAAGGAGUACAUCGCACGGUUUGGUCAUGGAUCUGCCAAGCUGGCCCGUCAGGCUCAAAGUAAAGAGAAAACUCUUGCUAAGAUGGAGCGUGGGGGGCUCACAGAGAAGGUUGUGAGGGAUAAGGUACUGACAUUCCGCUUCACUGAUGUUGGCAAGCUGCCACCUCCAGUGCUGCAGUUUGUGGAGGUCACAUUUGGGUACACACCAGACAACCUCAUCUACAAGAACCUUGAUUUUGGUGUUGACCUUGACUCAAGGGUGGCACUGGUUGGUCCUAACGGAGCUGGGAAGAGCACACUGCUUAAGCUCAUGACAGGUGAUCUCAUACCACUGGAUGGCAUGGUGAGGCGGCACAACCAUCUCAGGAUUGCACAAUUCCACCAGCACCUAGCAGAGAAGCUGGACCUGGACAUGUCAGCUCUGCAGUACAUGAUGAAGGAAUACCCAGGGAAUGAGGAGGAGAGGAUGAGGGCAGCGAUCGGCAAAUUUGGGUUGUCAGGGAAGGCACAGGUGAUGCCGAUGAGGAACCUGUCAGACGGGCAGAGGAGCCGGGUAAUAUUCGCGUGGCUGGCGUGGAGAGAACCGCACAUGCUGUUGCUGGAUGAGCCAACGAACCAUCUGGACAUUGAGACAAUCGACUCUCUGGCAGAGGCGCUGAAUGAGUGGGAUGGAGGGCUGGUGCUGGUGAGCCAUGACUUUAGGCUGAUCAACCAGGUGGCACAGGAGAUCUGGGUGUGCGAAAAGCAGGCAGUGACCAGGUGGGAAGGUGACAUUAUGGGGUUCAAGGAGCACCUGAGGAGCAAGGCCGGACUGGAGGAUUGAGUUGAGUUGAGUUGCCCCGUUUUGUUCUGGGCUUCUGUCUGCCUGGAGAGGAGAGCAGAUACCAUCACACUAAUUAGUUCUAUGAUAGUAUUUCUCCGGCUAUUACUAAUAGAACUAUACAGCCCCAGCAUGAUGCACGACUGCAUUGUUGAGUUUAGCAUUUUCACCGCGCCGCGUGCAGUGGGUGGUCUUGGGAGAGACUAUAGUGCAAUGCUGUAUCAUUUUAAGUUGGAUCCCAACUUGCCACAGAUGUUUGUACCUGACCUCAUCUCCAUCAUCCGAUGCUACAUAAGCCUAUGCAGAUGUGCUAUCCUUCGUGGCUACCCUCUGCUUUGGUGCUCUUUGUGGAGAAAAUGUAGAAAGAACAAGAUGCCAAGACAUCAUAAGUGGGCGUGCGUGUAUAGUGUAAUUGGCUGGUUUGUUAUUGGCAGUUAGUUGGUAUCUUCAGGUAAUUAUCUAUCAUCUAUCAUAUAAUACACAAACUUGAUUUACUCAUUAGACAAAUCCAACGGCUGAAAUCAUUUGCAUCAAAUCGGACGAUACAUGUUCCAUCCACCCCUUCUAUUUACCGGCUCUCAAAAUGGACCUAUGUUUAACUGUUUAUAUUUUUUAAAUUUUAUUGCAAAUAUACACUAUUCUAUCAUAUAAUAUACAAAUUUGAU